AUGGUGAACUCCGGCCUGUGGGCAACAGAAGUAAGAAUGUCUAAGCCCUUGGAACUGGAGAAGGUGCACCUGGAGCUGCAAGAAGACCACACAGAUACAGAAAGAAAUGGACCUGACACAAACCAUCAGACUCAGCAGAGCAAACCUUCCCCGUUCUCCCCAUCCCCAACCAUUACGGGCACCAAGAUCAAAGCUGAAGACUCUACAGAAAUGCCUCCAGCUCCAGCCCCAGCUCCAGCCCCAGCCCCAGCCCCAGCCCCCCAAGCUCAGCAGCCGCACCUACCCCAGGCUCAGCUCAUGUUAGCAGGCAGCCAACUUGCUGGGCUGACUGCCCUGAUGCCUGCUCAACAGCAACUGCUCCUGCAGCAGGCGCAAGCACAGCUUUUGGCGGCUGCCGUACAGCAGUCUAAUGCUGCUGCCGCCGCCGCCGCCUCCUCUCAGCAACCUGGGGCUGAACUGCCAGCACCACAGAGCCAGCCCCAGGCGCCCCAGCUGGCCUUGUCCCAGCCAAUCCAGCUGACGGCACAGGAUAUCCAGCAGCUGCUGCAGCUCCAGCAGUUGGUCCUCGUCCCAGGGCACCCUCUCCAGUCCCCUGCACAGUUCCUGCUGCCACAGGCCCAGCAGGGACAGCAAGGGCUGCUUCCGACACCAAAUUUAUUUCAGCUACCUCAGCAGAAUCCAGGGAGCCUCCUGCCGAACCAGCCUCGUGCAGGACUCCCAGCACAGCAAGUGACUCGGCCUGGCCUCCCCGAGUCCCACCUCACUCACUCACAGCCACCCAAAUGCCUGGAGACCCCUUCUCACCCCGAGGAGCCCAGCGACCUGGAAGAGCUGGAACAGUUUGCCCGCACCUUCAAACAACGGCGCAUCAAACUGGGCUUCACGCAGGGUGAUGUGGGGCUGGCUAUGGGGAAGCUUUAUGGGAAUGACUUCAGCCAAACCACCAUCUCGCGCUUUGAGGCACUGAACCUCAGCUUCAAGAACAUGUGCAAACUCAAACCUCUUCUGGAGAAAUGGCUGAAUGACGCUGAGACAAUGUCCGUGGACUCCACGCUUCCCAGCCCCAAUCAGCUGAACAGUCCCAACCUUGGUUUUGAUGGGCUGCCGGGCCGACGCCGCAAGAAACGGACGAGCAUUGAGACCAACGUCCGCUUUGCAUUGGAAAAAAGCUUUCUAGCGAACCAGAAGCCUACCUCAGAGGAGAUCUUACUUAUUGCCGAACAGUUGAACAUGGAGAAGGAGGUGAUUCGUGUCUGGUUCUGCAACCGCCGCCAGAAGGAGAAACGGAUCAACCCUUGCAGCUCUGCUCCCAUUUUGCCUGCCCAGAGCAAGCCUCCUGGCUACAGCCCUCACUUGGUGACCAGCCCAGGCACCGGCACAGGUUUGCCCCUCUCCCAGGCUUCCAGUAGUCUGAGCACAACAGUUACUACCUUGUCCCCAGCAAUCUGCUCCCUAACCCCCAGUCGGACAGCGGUUGGAGCAGGGGGCACCACCCUCAACUCGGCCACGCCGCCCCCAAGCAACAGCACAAAUCCCAGUCCUCAGAGCAGCAGCCAUCCAGCUCUCAGCUUGCAAGGCCUGAAUCCCAGUACGGGAAGCACAGUGCUAGGGGUGAAUGCAGGGUUAAACCCAGCGCUAAUGGCCACCAACCCACUGGCCACCAUACAAGCCCUGGCCAGUGGUGGAAGCCUGCCAAUUACCAGCCUUGAUGCCAGUGGUAACUUAAUCUUGGGUACCACUGCGGGCACAACUGGAAGCCAGAGCAUCGUGACCUCGCAGCUCUUCCUCAACCACGCGGGCCUGCCUUUGCUGAGUGCUGCCCCCGGAGGCGUGGGGCUGGUGUCGGCAGCUGCUGCCGUGGCUGCUUCUAUGCCUAGCAAGUCCCCUACCCUGACUUCCUCCUCCUCCUCCUCUUCCUCUUCCUCCUCCUCUUGUUCCUCAUGCAGCUCCUCCAGUGACAUGGCGCAGACAAUGGGGCAAGUUGGACCAGGAUCCACCGAGCCGGAUGCCAAGACGGAGUGAGGACUCAGGCGCAUCCACGCUGCCUUUUCUGACAUGGCGGGGGGUAGCCAGGAGUGGACAUACAAAACCGACACAUGAAACCAAAAAAAAAAAAAAACACCAAAACCAAGCAAACCAAA